UCUUGGGAUGCGGUUGCUGAAGACUUCAAACAUCAUCAAAAAAAUGGGUUGACCAUUCCUCCGGUCCUUGAAAAUAGAUCUGAAAAGUUUUCUCCAUACCCGCCCAAAAAUAGCACCGUGAUCUCAUCUGGUAACAGAACUAUCCCAGAAAAGAAUACUUUUAAUCUUGAAAGAAUUAGAAAUG